AUGACAUACUUGGAGAUCUGUACCUCGCUGCUGUUUCUCUUUCUCGUAUCGUACACACAAGAGUGUCCUCACAGACCCUCUCUGAAUGGUUAUCGGUACAAGAAUACAAAACUUAAAGGGCACGAAAUAAACAAUUUAAAGGGUGCCCUGUCACCUUACACGUGUGCCGAUGCUUGCCUCAGAGACCCAAGAUGCAGGUCGUUUAAUUUCAAAAGAAAGAGAGACAGCAGUGACAUCAACGAAUGCACCAUCAGUGACAUUAACAACGAAAAGGCUAAAUCAGGGGAAGUUCAGGAGGAUUUUGAGACAGAUUUCUACGAUGUUGGCUAUGAGGCCUUGCAAAAGGUACGUUUAACCCACGAUUUAGUUAAGUUUGUCGUCGGGUAA